GCUUCUACAUCGAUAUCCGGAUAGCGAUAUUCAGGAGGUAGUUCCAACAUUCGUAAACAAUUUCACCGGUCUUCAAGAUCUUCGAUUAAACUAUAAAUAUGUCGGAUAUUAAUCCGAAAUCUUUAAAAGUCGCUGAGUUACGUGAAGAACUAAAAAAUCGUGGCCUGAACAUAACCGGAAAGAAGGCAACCUUAGUUAGGCGUUUAGAGGCAGCUUUGAAAAACAAAGAUAUAUCUUCUGAAGUGAGUGUUGAAACGACUAGUGAAGAAGAUAGCUUCACAGAGGAUUCGAAAUCUAUUCCGUCUCAAAUUUCCCCUGAAAAGAGUGAACAGCCUGAAAUCCCAAAACUUCCGGAGUCAGAGAGUCAAUCAGAAACUAUAGAUAAUGAACCAACUAUUGGUCAGUCUGUUGAUUCCUCGGGCGCUGAUAGGAUAGAUGUUGAGGAAAAAAUUGUGAAAGAACCAAGAGUUUCAGAAUCUGUACCGCAAGCAACUGAAGAGUCAAAUAUCAUUGAUAAAGGUCAGCCAAUCCAAGAACCUGUUAAUUUAGAGAAUAAAAGUGGGGAAAAUGAUAACGUCACAGCCAAUAUUGAACCUGUAAAGGAACCUGAGACUAUUUCUGAGAGGGAGGAACCUUUGUCAACAAGGGCAAUAGAUGAAUAUCAAGAAAAAGAUUUAUCAUACGAAAAGGAAAGAUCAGAGGAGAAUCUGAGUCGAAAUGAACCCCAAAUUUAUACGUACGCGGAUAAUGUUGAACUUCAACGUGACAGCAGCUCCAAUGCUUCUGAACCUAUGGAAGAGAGUGUAAGCCAAUCGAUUGAAGAAGUUGGACACUUAGAACCUAAGCAAGAAGUCAUAGAAGAAGUUUCAGUUAAAAGAGAAAUAGUCACAGUAGACACAACCAAUACAGAUCGUAAAGAAACAAAGAAUCAAAAGAAAAAGAGAAGAAAAAAGAGGGCAAAAAUGCUUAAAAAUCAAUUAGCAAAGCAAAAAUUAGAAGAGAAUGGUGUGGACGAUGUGAAGACUGAAGAUGAUAUUGAAGUCGAAUAUGUGGAAGAGAAAUUGGACGAAUCUGAUCCUGUUUUUUCUCAAUUUAAGGAUAUUUUCAAACAGUUUCGUAUUACAACAGGAGAUAUAAAGGAAGAAAAGGAAGAUGAUAAAGACAAAAUUCAGAGGCUAGAUCACAUUCCUGUUAAAGCUAGAGGUAUCAUUGAUGUAGAAGAAGAUGAUGACAAGAAAGACAACGAGAAGCCUAAAAUGUCGAAGAAAAAACUUAAGAAACUUAACAGAUUGAGUGUAGCGGAACUGAAACAACUGGUUUUAAGACCAGAUGUAGUUGAAAUGUAUGAUGUUACGGCAAGAGACCCUAAAUUAUUAGUUCACUUAAAGAGUUGCCGUAAUAUUGUUCCUGUUCCAAGACAUUGGUGUUUUAAAAGAAAAUAUUUACAAGGUAAGAGAGGAUUUGAGAAGCCACCCUUUGAAUUGCCAGAAUUCAUUAAAAAUACUGGUAUAAUGCAAAUGCGUGAGGCUGUUUCUGAAAAAGAAGAUGCGAAAACACUUAAACAGAAAAUGAGAGAACGAAUAAGACCUAAAAUGGGUAAAAUUGAUAUCGAUUAUCAGAAAUUGCACGAUGCUUUCUUUCGUUUCCAAACGAAACCGAAUAUGACUAUUCAUGGUGAUUUAUACUAUGAAGGAAAAGAAUUCGAAACACGAUUGAAGCAAAAAAAACCUGGAAAUAUCAGUGAUGAUUUAAGAAUAGCACUUGGAAUGCCAAUAGGAGCGGGAGCCGAAAAAAUACCUCCUCCAUGGCUCAUUGCUAUGCAGAGAUAUGGGCCACCUCCAUCUUAUCCUAAUCUUAAAAUUGCCGGUUUGAAUGCACCUAUCCCACAAGAAUGUUCAUUUGGUUAUCAUGCAGGUGGUUGGGGUAAGCCUCCCGUUGAUGAGUUAGGAAAACCCUUGUACGGAGAUGUAUUUGGUGCCAAUCAGCACGAUCCUAGAAAUCAGUUAAUGGACGAAGACGAUGUCGAUAUAACUCUGUGGGGAGAAAUGGAGUCUGAAAGUGAAGAAGAGGAAGAGGAAAAAUCUGAAGACGAGGAAGAUGAAGAGAAAUCUACUAUCGAUCCAGCUGGCCUCGUAACACCUGGUGAUGCUGGUUUAGUAACCCCAAGUGGAACUUCAACGGUACCUGCUGGUAUGGAAACACCAGCUUCGAUUGAAUUAAGAAAACAGAAAAUAGAAGAUCAGAUGGAACAAGGUGGUGAUACACCAGCACUCUAUCACGUUAUCCCCGAAAAGCAAAUUAGAAUUGGUUCAGCUAUGAUGGGUAGUUCACAUGUUUACGACGUGAGUGCAGUGAGUAAAAAGGGAACAGCCGAAGGUGUUGAAGUCGCAUUAGAUCCAGAUGAACUUGAUCUUGAUUCUGCCGCAAUGCAAAAUAAAUAUGAAACAAAACUCAAAGAACAGCAUAGUAGUCUUCAAAAAGAAGAUUUGUCUGACAUGGUUGCAGAACACGCCGCAAAACAAGCCAAGAAACGAAAGAAGCAGCAAGAAGCAAGCGGUCAAUCUUCAAAAAAGUACAAGUUCAAAUUUUGAAUCACAUACUUUUUUACUGUUCAUAGUUUUUCUUUUUGAAAUAAUUAUUGUAUUAUGUUAAUUGUUUAAAACUGUUUAAUUACAAAAUUAAGUUGAAAAAAGACACCUUUCUCCUUUAUUUUAAUGAAUACUACAGAUCUUUAAUAAAGAGGGUUAAAAGCAACCAUUAGGCAGAAUUUCUUUGAUAUAAAAGGAAAUAUAUGUACAGAAAAUGUAUUGUGUGUACAGAUCCUGGAAAAAGCUUUUUUAUUCAACAAUUGUAUCUUUUCGAUUACAUUAUUUACGGUUGAUAUUUGCAAGUUAACAGCAAAAGCCUUUGUCAGC